CUGUGUGGCAUGAGGUCAUGACGCAUGUGUAUCUGUGAGGCGGAGUCAGUCAGAGUCAGACAGGUUUCACAGGUGUGCAGCUCCGCAACAAUAACACCAGAGAACUGAACGAAACUCAGACAAAUCACUGCCUAUUUCGUUUAUUUUGGUAAAAGGCAAUGGCAGAAUCAAACCGGCAUCAUCACACAAGGGACAAAGACUACUCUAGUCGAGACAGGAGAGAUGAAGGGGGACGUGAACACAGACAGGACAGGAGAUCCAGAGAGGACAGAAGAACACCUGAUGAAGACGACCGAUCACGAAGCCACCGAGAGAAACAGAGAUAUGCUGACACUCAGAGGGACCCCCGUGUGUACGAAGCCACACGUUAUCAUAGUCAGGGAGUGCCCAGUUACACCGAGACUUCAUAUUCAUACUAUGAUGACAGUCAACCACAUAAUCAUAAAGGGGCACUUUACAACCUAAAAUACAUUACAACAAGCAGAGGCAUCUGUCAGGCCAUGGAAUUCUUUUUAAGCUUGUUGAUUAUCAUCUGUGCUGGAGUGAACCACAGUAACUCGGGUCGGUAUCGGGAUAUCGCCAGCUUAGGCGGUCUGUACCAGUACUAUUAUGGAGGAGCCAACGCAUUCACUGGAGCAGAGGCACAGAAGGUCCAGCAGCUCGACGACCAGUUCUACCAGCUCAAACUGCCCCCUUACGUCUAUAGCAUGGCAUGCGGCGGGGCAUUGAUGCUUUAUGUUUGUGCCCUGCUGGCCCUCGGAGUGUUUCGCAUGCCCUACCGCUUCCCCCCUCUGCUGCUGGCUGAAGCCCUGCUGGAUGCGCUCAUAGGUCUUGGUUUUAUUCCUGCUCUCGCUUUCUACUUCAUAAAGCUGCAGGAGAUCUACAACAACCCCAUCUGUAAAGAGAGGGAAGCGAUGUACAGCAGCAAAGGUCACAGAGGAUUUGAGUGCAAUCUCAAUGGGGCAGACAUAGCAGGAGGGUUGUUUGGUGUUUCUGGGGAUUAUAUUUUCCCCAUAAGUGCAGUGUUGGCCAUCAAAGCCUUCAUAAGAGUGCGGAAGAUGAAGCAGAGGCCGGCAGUAGACAACAACCUCUGAGUGUUCAUGUUAUUUCAUGUAUGUGGCAAGCACAGGAGAUCUUACUUGCAACCAUGUAAAUGCGUUAGUUAGUAUUUUUACAAUGUCAGAAGGAUAUAUAUUUUUCAAUUUUUCAUUUUUUCAAAGUUUAUUACAAGGGACUUUUGUAUGGAAGCUCGUUUCCGCCAUGAAAAAAAAAAAAAGGUAAUUGCGACUUUUCUCAAUUCUUUUUUUCUCAAUUGUUAUAAACUCACAAUUGCAAGUUAUAAAGUCAGAAUUGCGAGUUAUAAAGUCAAUUACUUGAUAUAGUCAGAAUUAUGAGUUAUAAAGUCAAUUUCUUGAUAUAAAGUCAGAAUUGCAUGAUAUAAAGUCACAAUUGAGAGUUAAAAAGUCAGAAUUGUGUGAUAUAAAGUCACAAUUGGGAAUUGUCACAAUUCUGACUAAGACACAAUUGCGAGUUUAUAUCUCAAUUCUGUGAAAAAAAAAAAGUAUUGUGAGAUAAAGUCACAAUUUUUUCAUAUUUUUUUUAUUUAGUGGCAGAAACAAGCAUCCAUACUUUUGCACAUUUUUAUACUUUUAUAAAAAUACUUUUGGAUGUAAUUUACUUAAAGCCUUCAUAUUUAAUGCAUUAAUUAGGCCUUGUAAUGCACUUAUGACCUCAUGAUAUAAUACUUAUGUAUUCAUUGAACACACCUUUAGAAAGUAUAAUGCAUUAAACAUGACAAACAACCAA